GACGCGGAGACAAAGGCGAAGGCAGAAAAGCAUGAAGACAAGUUUAGAAGCCAUUCGCAGCCGGGGGUGACAGCCAGAAAUAAGAGAGACGGGUCAUGCCCGGGGGGGGGGGGUCUUCGUGUGCUGCCAACAAUCGGUCUAAAUAUACUGGCGCAGGGCCCGCCAAGGGGGUUGAACGCUUGAAGGUGCAAUUUCCGCACACGGUGCAACGCCCCCUUUUUCCCACUCGGCAGCGCCCUUGUCCCCGGCGAAGAGGAGUACUUAAUAUAACACUCCCUCGCAUAGCCCUUUCAUUUCUGUUUGCUUCAUAUCUCUCGGUUUCCGUCUCCAGGAGAUUCUCCCUUGCCUACCACCGCUUCACUCUUUCAGCGGGCAUUCUUUAACGACUAUCCAACGCUCUCUAUCGUCUGCGUUUUCCCUCCAGCCAGCCGCCAGCCAGAGAAAAAAAGAACGAACGCCUCCCCGCCGCCACUGGAGAAGAAUCGAUAGAGGAGAGAUAUGAAGUCUUCCUUGUUUAUUGCGGCCGCUGGCCUGCUCGGCUCAGCUGUCGCCAGCCCUCAUGCCCAUGGCCAUGGCAAAUUCCAUCGCCGCGCUGUUCCAAAUCCUCAGGAGACCUGCUUCUGUGAAACCAAGGUCGUCUUUUUCUACGGACCUCCAACCCUCGUCUUCCCGACACCAACACCCACACCAACGCCGAUUGAAACGACCACCACCGUCCAGUCGACCAGCUACACCACCGUGACUGUCAAUACCACUGUUCCUGCUUCCUCUCCAGCUCCUAGCUCCUCCGAAACUCCCCAACUGCCAACUGAUAUCAUUAUCGUCUACCCGACUCCAGGAACUUACACCAUUGCCCCAACCACCUACACUGUUUCCACCAGUGCAACCGUCUGUCCUUCAUCUCCUUCCAGCGCGCCAACAGGCCCUAUUACCAGCGGUGCUCCCCCAUGCCCAAAUCCCACCGUUAUCCAACCAGGCACCUAUACUCAGUCUGGCACGGUCGUGACGGUCACUGUCACCAAGCAAAUCUUCACUUGCCCUGCUCCAACCAACACUCACCCGGCACCACCACCGCCACCACCACCACCAACCACGACCCCAGCUCCUACUCCCGCUGAGCCAUCCCCGCCUCCCCAGGCCCCAACCAGCAAGGCCCCUGAACCACCAAAGGCCCCUGGACCACCAAAGGCUCCUGAACCACCAAAGGCUCCUGAACCACCAAAGGCCCCAACUUCUUCCCAGGCCCCGGCUCCUAAGCCAAGCGGUGGUCUCGGUGGAGGUAAAACUGGUGGCAUGACCUACUCUCCUUACUCCAACAAUGGCCAGUGCAAGGAUGCCGGUACUGUCAUGAUGGAUAUUUCCACCAUCAAGCAGGCCGGUUUCACUGCCAUCCGCCUCUACUCCACUGACUGCGAUGGCCUCAAGAACGUUGGUGAUGCCUGCAAGGCCCACGGCCUCAAGAUGAUCAUUGGCGUCUUCAUCUCUGAGACUGGUAUUGGAGGAGCUGGUAAGCAGGUCACAGACAUCACCAGCUGGGCACAGUGGGAAUUGGUCACACUCAUUGUCGUCGGUAACGAGUCCGUCCAGUCUGGUCGCACUGAUGCUGGUGCUCUCGCCGGAUUCAUCCUCUCAGCCAAGGCCACCUUCAAGAGUGCUGGCUAUAACGGCAUGGUCACCACCACUGAGACCGUCAACGUCUGGCAAGUCAGUGGUUCUACCCUUUGCAGCGCAAUUGAUGUCCUUGGUGCCAAUAUCCACUGCUUCUUCAACCCUGAUGUCACCGCCGACAAAUGUGGCAGCUUCGUCCGCAGCCAGAUGGAGCUUCUCUCCAAGAUUUGCCCAGGCAAGCAAGUCUUCAACCUCGAAACUGGCUGGCCUAAACAGGGUAACCCUAACAACCUCGCUAUUCCUGGUGUAUCACAGCAGAAGGAAGCCAUCGAGUCUCUCGUCAAGGAAGUCGGACCUGAAUCUAUCUUCUUCUCCUUCGUUGAUGAUGCCUGGAAGGAUCCCGGCCAAUUCGGAGUCGAGCAGCACUGGGGAUGUAUCGAUGUCUUCAAGUCCAUGUAAAGUUAGCAUCUAGCUAGACCCGACGCAUUUCACUUCAAUUCCGUUUCCGCGUUAUCACCUUUUUACUCUAUUAUUGACCCCUUUCUCUCUUCGCCCCCCUGGGUGUCAAGUCUCGCACCAUUUUCCCGUUUUCUCGACUGCGAGGCACGACCUACCUUCUCCUGUCUCUGUUACUCCCUUUCUCGCUUCGUCUUUUUCUUCUCUUGUUCAAAUGCCCCUGGCCGCUUUGUGGAAUAGUUUAUGUUUGGAGUGAGUUGGAUCGGAGGGAGUUGUAUUUCAUAUACGCAACAGCCGUGUUCACUUUUAAUCCAUGUCAAGAAUUUCCUUUUCUGAAUUCCAAUUCCAAGCAACCGAUAGUCUGGCUGAUAUUUCAUGGUAUCUCAUGGUCUUGAUGAUCUCCUAAACUGGAGCCUCCCAGCUGACCAGCCUGAUAUUGCGCCCAGCGUAUACUCAACGUACAUUUUCAACCUCAGACGUCAUCAGGACCAAUGGUCACUGACCUUCUCGAUGUUUCGUCAGUUCCAUGGCUUUUCC